UACACACGCACUCCCUCACACACCCUCAUAUAUCAUGUGUACUUUUCACUUCAAACAUCUCUCUAUUUUCAUAUCUUCUCUUACUUAAGAACAAGACUAACCUAUAUCAUCAAACCUCCCUUGUUUAAGAAGCAGACAAAGAUCUUCCAGUUUUUUAACACCUUCAUGUUUUUCUUGGGCAUUAAAGUUUUACUUAUGUGGGUAUAUGGCAAAGGUCAAAGAGAAAACAUAUUUAAUCUGCUUACAGAAGAGUACGGAUAAUGGAGAUAGGGUCGUCAUCAACGGUGGCUGGAGGAGGACAGCUUUCAGUGCCUCCAGGAUUCCGGUUUCAUCCAACGGAGGAGGAGCUUCUUUACUAUUACCUUAAGAAGAAGGUCUCUUAUGAACCAAUUGAUUUGGAUGUUAUUAGAGAAGUCGAUCUCAACAAGCUGGAACCUUGGGAGCUUAAAGAGAAAUGCAGAAUCGGGUCGGGUCCUCAAAACGAGUGGUAUUUCUUUAGCCACAAGGACAAGAAAUAUCCGACUGGGACCCGAACGAACCGGGCGACUGCAGCCGGGUUCUGGAAAGCUACGGGUAGAGACAAAUCCAUACAUCUCAACAGCUCCAAGAAGAUUGGACUUCGUAAGACUCUUGUCUUCUACACUGGUCGUGCUCCUCAUGGCCAAAAAACCGAAUGGAUCAUGCACGAAUAUCGCCUAGAUGACAACGAAAACGAAAUUCAGGAAGAUGGGUGGGUUGUAUGCAGAGUGUUCAAGAAGAAGAAUCAUUUCAGAGGAUUUCACCAAGAACAAGAUCAAGAUCAUCAUCACCAUCAUCAUCACCAAUACAUAAGCACCAACAAUGAUCAUGAUCACCAUCAUCACAUUGACUCCAAUUCAAACAAUCAUUCUUCUUUGAUCCCACAUCCUCUGGAUCAUCAUCAUCAUCACAUUGGACGACAAAUCCACAUGCCUUUACAUGAGUUUGCAAACACUCUGAGUCAUGGCUCAAUGCAUCUACCUCAGCUAUUUAGCCCUGACUCAGCUGCAGCAGCUGCAGCGGCAGCAGCAGCAACCCAACCGUUUGUGUCAUCAAUCAAUACAACAGACAUUGAAUGUUCACAGAAUCUACUGAGGCUGACUUCUAACAACAACUAUGGUGGAGACUGGUCGUUUCUGGACAAGCUUCUCACUACAACCAACAUGAAUCAGCAACAGCAGCAGCAGCAAGUGCAGAACCAUCAAGCAAAAUGUUUUGGUGACUUGAGUAACAACGAUAAUAACGACCAGGCUGUUGUUACUCAUGACCAUUUGGGUAACAGCAAUGGUGGUUCGUCUUCAUCUCCGGUUAAUCAAAGGUUUCCGUUUCACUACUUGGGAAACGAUGCUAAUCUUCUCAAGUUCCCAAAGUAGAUCAAUCGGAUUUGAUGGAUCUCAUGUUUUUCGAUUUUAUUCUCUUCUUUAAGCUGUGGAACUUUUGACACAGCAACCAACUCAGUGUUCGAAGAAUCUGUUUGUUUUUUCUUAUCUAUGAUUCUGUCUUCCAUUUAUGAUAUUUUUCUCUGGCUCUCCGGGGACUAAUACCUCGUCAAGCUUCAAUUUUGUUCCCACCAUCUUUGCACUACAUAAUU